AAAAACUAGUCAUACUAAAGGCGGAGGGAAGAUUUGAACUAAAAGGCAGAACAGACCGGGGGAAAUAGGAUUUGCGUUAGCAAAACAACACAACAGUUGAAAAUGAGUAGGCCUAUGAGACCAAAACAUCCACGAAAACCUGCCCCGAAGAAACCGUCCAGUAAUCAAAAAGACCCUGUUGGCGUGUACUGCCGUGUUCGACCGCUUAGCACCGAGGAUGGAGAGUGCUGUAUCGAAGUUAUCAGCAGCAGCACCAUUCAGCUACACGCACCCGAUGGUCUCAAAGCCAACCGCAAUGGAGAAUUUAAAGAGACUCAGUACACAUUCAAGAAAGUGUUUGGCCUGAAAACAUCCCAAAUCGAGUUGUUUGAGGAUGUGGCUAAACCACUUGUUGAUGACCUCCUUCGCUGUAAAAAUGGUUUGCUGUUCACUUAUGGCGUCACGGGCAGUGGCAAAACCUUCACCAUGACGGGCUCUGCAGGGCAGGGUGGGCUUCUGCCUCGCUCUCUAGACAUGCUGUUUAACAGCAUAGGCCCUUACCAGGCCAAGAGAUUUGUGUUCAAGCCCGACGAUAAAAAUGGCAUGGAGGUCCAAAAUCAGGUUGAUGCUCUACUGGACAGACAGAAGAGAGAGAGCCAGCAGUCUGUGCCAAAAACUCCCUCCUCCAGGCAAAGGCUUGACCCGGAGUUUGCUGACAUGAUCAACCCACAGGAGGCUUGCAGGGCCGAGGGAGUAGACGAGGACAGCAGCUACAGUGUUUUUGUGUCUUACAUAGAAAUCUACAAUAACUAUAUCUAUGAUCUCCUGGAAGAGGUCCCAUUUGACCCCAUCAAGCCAAAACCACCGCAGUCUAAAAUCCUGCGUGAGGACCAGAAUCACAAUAUGUACGUUGCUGGGUGCACAGAGGUCGAGGUCAAGUCAACAGAAGAGGCCUUUGAGGUUUUCUGGCGAGGUCAGAAGAAACGGAGGAUUGCCAACACCCAGCUGAACCGCGAGUCCAGCCGCUCGCACAGCGUUUUCAUCAUAAAGCUGGCACAGGCUCCCCUGGACGCCGACGGGGACAAUAUCCUUCAGGAUAAGGACCAGGUGAACGUGAGUCAGCUGUGCCUGGUGGACCUGGCGGGGAGCGAGCGAACCAGCAGGACCCAGGCCCAGGGCAGUCGCCUCCGAGAAGCAGGCAACAUCAAUCAAUCCCUGAUGACAUUGCGCACAUGCAUCGAGGUCCUUCGUGAGAAUCAGAUGUGCGGUACAAACAAGAUGGUUCCAUACAGAGACUCUAAAAUUACUCAUCUGUUCAAGAAUUAUUUUGAUGGGGAAGGCAAGGUUCGCAUGGUCGUAUGUGUGAACCCAAAAGCAGACGAUUAUGAAGAAACCUUGCUGGUGAUGCGCUUUGCAGAGAUGACCCAGGAGGUGGAGGUGGCGCGGCCGGAGGACCGGCCCAUAUGCGGCUUCACUGCGGGCCGCCGGCACCGCAACCAGGCCUUCAAGGAGGAGCUGACCCGGCAGCUGCAGGAGCGGGGCGGCCCUGUGAACGGAGAACACCCCUCAGUCCUCACUCAGCUCAUGCACAGCUUCCCCCCGCUGCCCCCCUGCGAGAUCACCGACCCCACAGACGACCACACCCUGCCCCGCCUCAUCCAGGUGCUGGAGAAGAGGUACAGCAUCCGCAAAAUGAUGGUGGAGGAGUACAACAAAGCCGCCAACAUGCUGAAAUCGAUGCUGAAGGAUUUUGACGGCAGCCUCGUCUCCAAGGAGAAUUUCAUCCAAGAGCAGAGAGGGAAGCUGGGACAGAAGGACAGCGUCAUCUCCUCCCAGAAAGCUGAGGUGGAUCGUCUGGAGAAGAAGGUCAAAAUGCUGGAGUACAAGAUCGACAUCCUGCAGAAAACCACCAACAUCUACGAGGAGGACAAGCGCACGCUGCAGCAGGAGCUGGAGAGCCGGGACAUGAAGCUGCAGAGGGAGAUGUCCGAUAAGAGGCGCAUGGAGGCGCGGCUGCAGGGCGUGGUCUCCGACACCAAGCACAAGUGGGAGAAAGAAUGCGAACGGCGGGUGAACGCCAAGCAGCUGGAGAUGCAGAACAGGCUGUGGGUGAAGGACGAGAAGCUCAAACAGCUGACGGCCAUCGUCACGGAGACCAAGAGCGACUGGCCCGACCAGGAGAAGCCCCAGCGCCCGUCCCGGCAGAAGGACCGGGGGCCCCUGAAGAGAUCGGCCUCGCCCUCUCCCGUGCCCGCCCCUGCGUGUUGCCGCCCCCCAGUCAGGCAGGGCGCCCCGUCCGUAGCCUCCAGUAUUUCGGAGUGGGAGCAGAGAGACCGCAGACAGGCUAGACAGUGGGCCGCAGCGUGCGAGGGCAGGGUCUGUGAGCCGAGCAGAGAGAGGAGCAGAGACAGGUCCUGGACUGGGGAGCACCAUGUCCCUGUUCAGCCCUGUGAUACGGACCUGCAGUUUGGUGAAAGGACCGGGCUGCCGGUUCGGCAGCUGCACAGACGCUCGCGCUCGGCGGGUGGGGAGAAAUGGGUAGCUCACAAACCGGCGAACGGUCUGGAGUUAGACACGGUCAUGCAGCCUCACAUUCCCAAUGCCAUUACGGUGUCCGUGCCCAACGAGAACGUGCUGUCCAAAUGCGACAAGUACGUGCUGACUCACCAGGAGGUGGCGUCCGACGGGGAGGUUCAGACAAAACUCUUCAAGGGCGAAGUGUUCAAAACGCGGAGCGGAGGCCAGGCGGUGGAGUUCACCGAUAUUGAAACGCUGAGGCAGCAGUGCCCCACGGCCCCCAGUAGAAAGAGGAGGUCAUCUGAAAGCAGCCCUUCGCAGCAGGAGGGAAACGUGGAGACCAGAUGCUCUGUGGCCAUCCAGAUGAGGCCUGCAGGACCAGCGUACCAGCAGCCUGGCUAUCAGAAACGCAGAAAGCCCUCCGAUCAGUAGCUGUGCUGCCGCGAUGGACGCAGAGCAGCGUGAGCCUAUUGGGUGUGCACUUUGCUGUUGAGCGUACACUUCGCUUUUGUGCAAUAGCGUAAAAUGAUUUUUCCCCCCACACUACUCUCCUUCACCUUGAGCUUCAAACUUCAUCUUUUAUAUAUUAUAUUGUAUUAAUUGAUAAUAGGUUUUCUGUGGGCCUCUAUAUUUGUUACAUUGACAUAAAAAAGACAGUUGUAUGCCAAUCUGUCUUUAUUCUACAAAAAAAGGAGUGACUGUCGGUUGACUACUUUGUAAUCUAGCUGCUGCCUAUAUAGCUUUUUAAUAUACCAAUCUGUAGUCCCGAUAAAAUUAAGCCAAUUUCCACUUUUCUGUUGUCUAUACAUGGGCUUCUUAGACAAUCAAGGCAUUUGUUAGGAUUUAAAGGACACUAAAUACCGUUCCCUGGAAAUCCUCAGUAUUUAUGACUAUUUAAGUGUUGUGUCUAAAUGGAGCCUGAUUUUAUUUUUUUAAACGAUAAAAAGCCGACAGAUGUGGAAAUAAACCACAGCAGAAGGGUGUAGUGAGCAUGAACACUGUCACUGGGCCCUGCAAUGAUGUAUGUAUCUUUGGGUCAUCCUACCAAACCCGGUGACUAGGUGUUACUUGCACCUUAGUUAAUCUCAGGAAGUAGUUCCACCCAAUGUUCUGUUGAUUUGUCCUCUGAUUUCUUCUUAACUUAUGCCACAGAUUCUCUGUUCUUCCCCAAAGGUUGUAAAGUGCAGCAGCUUAACAUUUUGUGCACUUUUAUUACAGUUUUGUAUCCGCUUGUAUAUGGUGAUACUUAGUUCUUAGACUUCUGCUCUGCAUUAUUCCCACUGAAGAUAUACAGCUGUGAAUAAAUAUCAUUCAAGAA